AUGGCCACUCUCACUGCGCAAGAAAUAGAGCUCCUUUCCUCAAAGGCCAACGCCGCCAAAGAAGCAGCCUACUGCCCCUACUCGAAAUUUCGGGUUGGUGCGGCUCUCCUUACCGAGUCGGGAGAGUACUUUACUGGGGCCAAUGUUGAAAAUGCCUCAUACCCUGUCGGCACAUGUGCUGAGCGGGUUGCUUUUGGGACCGCUGUUGUAUGUUCCAGCUCCCCUCAAGAUCCAGGAGAUUCGGCAGCUCAUGUUAUUACGCAUACAAUCGCCUCCUUGUUCUGGCCCUUGAGUUACUAA